AGGCGCGGGGUGGAAGUGUGGGCUGCGGGCGGCCAUGGAGGAGCCUGUUCACGAUGGGGUGGCCUCGCCGGCCGCUCCCGGGACCGGGAAGUCCAAGCUGGAAGCCUUGCCCAAGGAAGAUCUUAUCAAGUUUGCCAAGAAGCAGAUGAUGCUAAUACAGAAAACAAAAUUGAGAUGUACAGAGUUGGAGAAAGAAGUUGAAGAAUUAAGGUCAAAGCUGGUUGCUGGAGGAGCUGACAUCAUUAAGGCCUUGACUGAACGUCUGGAUGCUCUUCUUUUGGAAAAAGCAGAGACUGAGCAACACUGCGUUUCUCUGAAGAAGGAAAAUAUUAAAAUGAAGCAAGAGGUUGAGGAUUCUGUAACUAAGUUGGAAGAUGUGCAGAAAGAGUUGGAACAGUCACAAAGAAGCUAUGGGAAAGAAAUAGAAAAUUUGAGAAAUGAAUUAGCAACAAUACAAUCCAAAUAUAGUAACGAUAAAGCUGAUUGGCAAAAGGAAGUGGAAGAAGCAGCAAAAAAACAAUUAGAGCUUUCAGAACAGCUCAGGUUUCAGAGUGAUUCUGAAGAUUAUGUUAAAAAGCUGCAAGAAGAGAUUAAGAAAAUUAAGCCAGACUUUGAGGAUCAAAUUUUAUGUCUGCAAAAGCAGUUAGAAACUGCCACAAAUGAAAAAGAGCAAGAAAUUACUCACCUCCGAGGAGUGAUUGAGGCUAAUUGUCAGCAGUACCAAAAAGAUAUUAAUAGUUUGCAAGAAGAACUUGUACAGUUGAAAUCUACACACCAAGAAGAGGUGAAAGAACUGAUAUGCCAAAUUGAAACAUCUGCCAAAGAACACGAAGCAGAAAUAAAUUAUUUGAUCCAGCUAAAGGAUAACUUAGUCAGAAAGUGUGAGGCAGGUGAGAUGAACAUUCAGGAGAAGUAUAAAUGUGAAUUAGAAAACGAAGGGAAAGCCUCAGGUGCAGACCAAGAAAAUCAGGUGUGUUCUUUGCUGUUAAAGGAAGAUUCUCUUGUAGAACAAGCAGUAAAUGAAAAACUUAGACACUUAGAAGAUGCCCUAAAGGAACUGGAGUCGCAACAUAGCAUCUUAAAAGAUGAGUUAACUUACAUGAAUAAUCUAAAAUUAAAACUUGAAAUUGAUGCCCAACAUAUAAAGGAUGAGUUUUUUCAUGAACGGGAAGAUUUAGAGUUUAAAAUUAAUGAAUUAUUACUAGCUAAAGAAGAACAGGGGUAUAUAAUUGAGAAAUUAAAAUCUGAGCUAGAAGAUGCAAAUAAACAGUUUUGCUGCGCCAUAGAACAACAUAACAAGGAAAUACUGAGUCUGAAGAAACAGCAUCAAAAAGAAAUAACAGAACUAAAUGAGACAUUUUUGUCAGAUUCAGAAAAAGAAAAGUUGGCAUUAAUGUUUGAAAUACAGGGUCUUAAGGAACAGUGUGAAAAACUACAACAAGAAAAGCAAGAAGCAACAUUAAACUACGAGGGUUUACGAGAGAUUAUGGAAAUUUUACAGACAGAGCUGGGGGAAUCUGCUGAAAAAAUAAGUCAAGAGUUUGAAUCAAUGAAGCAACAACAAGCAUUUAAUAUUAAUGAACUUCAGCAGAAGCUCCAAACUGCAUUUAAUGAAAAAGAUGCUCUUCUUGAAACUGUGACUUGUCUCCAGAGAGAAAAUGAUAACUUAUUGUCACAGCAGGAAUGUGUACCAGAACUUGAAAAUACCAUAAAGAACCUUCAAGAGAAGAAUGAACUGUAUCUAGUUAGUCUCCGUCAGAGAGAUACCAUGUUGCAAGAAUUUGAAGCAAAGAUAAGUUCUCUUACUGAGGAAAAAUAUGAUUUCAUAAGUAAGAUGAAAAGUUCUCAUGAAGAGAUGGAUAAUCUCCACAAAAAAUGUGAAAGGGAAGAAAGGUUGACUGUAGAACUUAGGGAAAAAGUGGAUCAGACUGCCCAGUACAACAGUGAACUGGAACAGAAGGUAAAUGAAUUAACAGCAGGACUAGAAGAAACUUUAAAAGAAAAGGAUGAAAAGAACCAAAAACUGGAAAAGCUUACAACUCAGUUGAAAACUCUCUCUGAAGACCAGGAAGCCACGUUAUUGGAAGUGAGGUCUCUUCGUGAAGAAAAUAGCAGACUGAGUUCAGAGAAGAAUGUGCUGAGCAGGGAUCUGGAAGCCUUCCUGUCUCAAAAAGAAGGAGAUGUUACACUUCAGGAGCAGAUCUCUGAAUUAGAAGAGGAACUUCGGUUAGCUGUCAGAGAAAGGGAUAAUUUGAAUCAACUGUUGGAAAACGAGCAAGUUCAGAAGUUGUUUGUUAAAGCUCAGUUGUGUGGUUUUCUUGAACAGAUGGAGUCAAAGGUUUCACAAGAAAGGGAAGAACAGGAUGUUGUAAACAUCCUACAAGCCAUGGGUGAAUCCUUAGAUAAAAUAAGUGAAGAAAAACACAACUUGGAUUUUCAGUAUGAUAAAAGGGUAGUAGAGUUAGAAAAAGAGAUUAAGCUCCUUCAAGAAGAGCAUAUGGUUCAGUGUGAGGAACUUAGGUCUUUACUAAGAAAUUACGAGCAAGAGAAAGUUGUCCUAAGGAAAGAGUUAGAUGAAGCCCUCUUGGAAAAGGAGGCCCUGCAGUCUGACCUUCUGGCGAUGAAGAAUGCCAGUGAACAAACAAGGUUUGAGAAUCAGAAUCUCCUAAUUCAGGUUGAAGAAGUGUCUCAAAAAUUGUAUAGAGAAAAUGAAAAUCAUCACGAAAAAGAAAAAGAUUUUAUAAAAGAACUUGAAAACCUAAGGCCAUUAUUGGAACAGAAAGAAUCUGAAUUGAAGGAUGUGAGAGCAGAGUUAAUAUCAUUAAAGGAUUCCUUCAAGAAAUCACCUGUAGAAAGUGAUCAACCUUCAGUAAACGAGUUUGAAGAAAAAAUAGGAUACCUGGAAAAAGAAGCCAAAGAGAAAGAGGAGAAAAUAAAUAAGUUAAAACUAGUUGCUGUGAAAGCAAAGAAAGAACUAGAGUCUAGCAGAAAAGAAGCCCGGAUGCUCCAGGAAGAACUUGAAUCUGUUCGCUCAGAAAGGGAUCAGUUGUCUACUUCCAUGAGAGAUCUCAUUCAAGGAGCUGAAAACUAUAAGAAUCUUUUAUCAGAAUAUGAUAAGCAGUCAGAGCAGUUGGAUGCAGAGAAAGAACGUGCCAAUAACUUUGAGCGUCAAGUAGAAGACCUUACAAGACAAUUAAGAAGUUUGACUUUUCAGUGUGAAAAAUUAACCUCAGAUAAUGAAGACUUCCUGGCCCGUAUCGAGACACUGCAGUCUAACGCCUGCUUAUUGGAAGUGCAGAUUCUAGAAGUCCACAAAGCCAAGGCUAUGGCAGACAAAGAGCUGGAAGCUGAAAAACUUCAGAAAGAACAGAAAAUAAAGGAGCAUGCCAGUUCUGUAAAUGAACUUGAAGAACUUCAGCUACAGCUUCAAAAGGAAAAGAAACAGCUUCAGAAAACCAUGCAAGAAUUAGAGCUGGUUAGAAAGGAUGCCCAGCAGACCACGCUGAUGAACAUGGAAAUUGCUGAUUACGAACGCUUGAUGAGAGAACUGAAUCAGAAGUUAGCUAAUAAAAACAGCAAGAUAGAAGAUUUGGAGCAGGAAAUAAAAAUCCAAAAACAGAAACAAGAGACCCUGCAAGAAGAAAUGACUUCGCUGCAGGCUGUGGUACAGCAGUAUGAGGAAAAGAAUACCAAGAUCAAACAGCUACUUGUGAAAACCAAGAAAGAACUGGCAGAUUUGAGGCAAGCGGAGACUGAUCACUUAAUGCUUCAGGCAUCUUUAAAGGGUGAACUGGAAGCCAGCCAGCAGCAAGUAGAAGUCUGUAAAAUUCAGCUGGCAGAAGUGACGGCAGAGAAGCACAAAGCCCAUGAGCGCCUGAAGGCAUCGGCGGACCAGCACCAGCGCACAUUGGGUGCCUACCAGCAGCGGGUAUCAGCCCUGCAGGAGGAGUGCCGCGAGGCCAGGGCAGAACAAGCUGCGGUCACCUCUGAAUUUGAGAGCUACAAGAUCCGGGUCCACAAUGUUUUAAAACAGCAGAAAAAUAAGUCUGUGUCUCAGACUGAGGCUGAGGGAGCCAAACAAGAAAGAGAACAUCUGGAAAUGCUGAUUGACCAACUGAAGCUCAAGUUACAAGACACCCAGAACAGCUUACAGAUCAGCACCUCUGAGCUGCAGGCCCUGCAGUGUGAACACUACGCCCUGCUGGAGAGGCACAACAGGGUGCUGCAGGAGGCCAUGGGCAAGGAGGCUGAGCUCCGUGAGAAGCUGUGCUCUGUGCAGUCAGAGAACUCCGCCUUGAAGGCUGAGCACAUGCAGACUGUUGAUCAGCUCACAGCCCAGCAUGAGGCCCUACGCGGCAGCUUCCGGGAACAGGUGGGGCAGCUGCAAGAGGAACACCGGAGGACAGUGGAGACACUGCAGCAGCAGCUGUGCCGGCUAGAGGCCCAGCUUCUGCAGCCCCGCAGCGAGCCGGCCAUGCGGAGUGCAGCUUCUUCCCAGCAACCUUUGAGGAGCCUUCGCGAGAGGAGAAGCGCAGACCUCCCAUUCCUGGAUGUGCAGGUCACGGCCCGGGAGGAAGGGGAAGGGAUGGAGACCACAGACCUGGAGCGGGGCUCUCCCGCCAGCACCCCUGCACAGUCCCUGGAGCAGCUGCUCAGUUCUCCUGAAGCCAGGCUUGAGCCGCCUGCAUGGCACAAUGAAUUCACCAAAGAAGAGUUGGUUCAGAAGCUCAAUUCCACCACCAAGAGUGCCGACCACUUAAAUGGCCUGCUUCGGGAAACGGAAGCCACCAAUGCCAUCCUCAUGGAGCAGAUUAAGCUUCUGAAGAGUGAAGUCAGGCGGCUGGAGCGGAACCAGGAGCGGGAGAAGUCGGCAGCCAACCUGGAGUACCUGAAGAACGUGCUGCUGCAGUUCAUCCUGCUGAAGCCAGGCAGCGAGCGGGCGCGGCUGUUGCCUGUGGUGGACACCAUGCUGCAGCUCAGCCCUGAGGAGAAGACCCGGCUGGCGGCCGCCGCCCAAGGUGAGGAGGAGAGCGGGUCCCGCUCCUCAGGCUGGGCAUCCUACCUGCACAGCUGGUCUGGACUCCGGUAGACUGACAAGAGAGUGCUGUUCAUGAACCAAAUAGUCUGUUUGGCAAAAAAAGGCUCAUGUAUGUUCCUGUCAUUGUUUGGUCCAAAACCAUGUGUAUGUAAUUCACAUCUCCGUGUGUGUAUCCAUGCAUGUGUCAGAGGAAUCGAAGAGGCUCAGCCCGUGGUGAAUGUCCAGCAGUAGGAGUGUGGACAUGGCUGUGGCCCUGAGACUCUGUGCCCUCUCCGUCGCCACCAGACCCAGGAGCAACGCCCUGCCCUCCUCUGGACUCUCAGGCUGCCUGGGUUAGGGCUGUCCUGUGAAUUCUGAAGUUAAACUAAGUUUUGGUGUCAUACCAGCUAGAAUUUAGACUUUUUAAAGAAUUUGUAGGACCAUUUAUGACAAGAUCAGACUGACAGGUCAGUUGUUAUCAUUGACAAAUUGUUACAGAAAACUUGUGAGUCAGAAUGUGAAGGAAGACACUUUCCUGGUAAAGCUGACGUGUUUAUGAAGGAAUAUCAAGUAAAUGUACUGGAGUCCACCCCCAAGUCUAAGUUAACGUGACUGUUUCCUUAUUUCCUUUAAAACUCCUGGGUCUGGGGCCGAUGGAGAGGGCCCCACUCCACCUGCUGGACGUUCACCAUGGGCUGAGCCUUUUCAGUUCAUCUGACACAUGCAUUGCGUGGACACACACAGGUUUUUGGACUGAACAAUGAGUUCUAUUUUCUCCAGAGUACAUUAUCUCAAGCUGAUUCUGUGGUCACAAGCCCUGGUCGCCAUGUUCCCAGAUGGGGUGCUUCUAUGGGAUCUGCCCAUAUUCCUAUUGUGCUUCAGCAGCUUCUACACCGGAGUCUGUCUGGGGAAUUUGCUCAGUCUCUCCAGAGAAACUUUCCAGUACCCUGGCUGUGUUGCUAGGUGUUGCGUCCAGAGACAAGCUGGUGCUCAGCAGUCCCGGCACACCAGUCGCCCGUGUGCUGCGAGGGGCCCCGGGGUAUAGCUCCUGGUGGUGGUGGUGGUGGUACUUGGCUUGAUGCCUCUGAAUAUUCUGUGGACUGUGUCAAAAACGUGUCCUUAAGUCAUCAAUGUGAAAACUCUAUUUUUAAUAUUUAUUUGUUAAAAGUCACCCCACAAUAUGCUCUAUGAAGUUGUUUCAGCUUCUAGUCUACCCUGUGAUCUUUGGUCUCAGCUGGUGAACUGACUUUGUACUGCGGUUACGGGAACAAUGGUUUCCAGUUUACUUUAACUGAAAUUUGCUGCUGACAUGUUGAGUUUGUUCUUUAACAAAUAAUCUCAAUAUCUGACUUUCCUCUUGUUUCAGAAGAACAGACCUAACUGGUGAAUGUAUUAAUGAAAAUGCAUCUAUUUCAGAGCUGACUUCUAAGCAUUUAGUUUUUUUUUACUUGGUAAACUGUGAAUAUGAGUAUGCCAGAAGCAUAUGAGGUAACUGUUAAAAUAUUUAAAUAAAUCUCACUUUAUCUCUAAGUCCAGGCUAUCAACCUGUUUUGAAGUAUGAGCUCUACCUAUGGACAUAAUAACAAAAAUGCCUUGUAUGAUCAGAAAUUACUACUUCAAUUACAGAAGGGAUCUCUCUCCCUGGUUUCUGCAACGAGAGGAAGUAUAAUGAUUAUUUCAAUAUUUCUAUUAAAUGUGUUGGACUGUA